AUGUCUUCGAUAACAUGGUACUGCGAACCAGAGACUUCUUGGGACUUCAAAACCCUUGCCAGUAAUCGCAACCAUCUGACCACACCUGCCCACUCGAGGACGACAAUGGAAUCAACCGGCGAGUUCGCGACACUUGGUUUAUGUCACUUAUUCCGCCUUCCAGGCGAGCUCAGAAACUACAUAUACGUAUACGCCUUGACUGAAGAGCGCCCUCUGAAGGUCGAGCGCCGUAGCAAUGAUACCGCAUUCAAGUGCUAUAAGCAGCCGCUCGCGCAAGGCGGAGGUCACCAUGAGAUGGGAGCUUUCUCGAAAUCGCCAAAAGAUACGCUCGUUGAGGUCAAUCAGUUGCGCUUGGUCAAUAAAGAGCUUUAUGCCGAAACACGGGCUUUGGCGCUACGAUACAACAGCUUGGCCUUUAACAAUAUCGGCGACACCAAUGAAUUCUUGAAGAAUUGCGCGCUUUCACAACAAGCUCACCUCCACACCCUCACUAUUCACUGCACACGUAUUUCAGGCCAUGGCAAUCCACCAGCCAUGAAGUCCAUCAUGCAAUUCUGCGGGGCCCAUCCUGGUGCGACUAUUCGCAUCAAGCACAGUUGCAACAAUCCCAACGUACCGAUAUCACUCAUGCGCAUUGCCUCACGCGAAUACCGGAUGCGCGGCACGCAUAAACUGCUGAAUGCAAUUUUUGCUCCAGGAUGUGGUCAGCGAGAAGCACAUAUAGAAUCUUUCGAAGCCAAGUUGAAAGGAGCUAAGAUUCGAUCACCUCCCAGGAAUUUUCGAUUUUUCCCUUGCAUCACCAGCUUUGAUGAGCCUACAUUCCGGGCUGGAAUUGAGGAGGAUGAUGAAUUGCUUUUGUGGCUAGCCUAUGGUUAUAUAAAAGGGGGCAAGGAUGGUUUGGUCAAGCUGGUGAAGCAGGUUAUAAAACAUGGUAUCUGA